AUGUCCGUCUUCUUCAAGGACAUCUCCACGGAUAAUCCUGUGCAGAAGGGAGACGUCGAAAAACUCCUCGAGCCGCUCGGUCUGACCAUCAAGCCUGAGGAGUCGGCCGACUACCAGAGGCUCCUCGCCGCGGUCCACGAUUGCGCAACCCGCAUCGAUAACUUGCCAGACUACCAGCCGGUCCCGGACACCAAGCGGUAUCCCCGCGAGAACGUUCAUCUUCCCACGGAAGAGGAGCAAGAGUUCGGACAUGCGUGGGCUUAUCGAUUUCUGAUUAGAGGCGACCACACCCCGGGCUCUUCGUCUGUUUCUCUGAAGGGGAGAACCGUGUGUCUGAAAGACUGUAUCGCCGUUGCAGGCGUCCCUCAAUUCUUCGGCAGCGAUGCCUUCCUCCCAUGGACACCGUCAACGGACGCAACGGUGGUGACACGCGUGUUGGAUGCCGGGGCCAACAUCCUCGGCACAGCAACCUGCGAGCAUUUCUGCAAUUCGACCGCGUCUUUCACCAGCGCCCAGGGAACCAUCGAGAACCCGUACAAGCAUGGCUAUUCCACUGGAGGCAGCACAUCUGGCGGUGCAGCUCUGGUGGGCUCGGGGAAGGUUGAUAUUGCUCUCGGCACCGAUCAAGGCGGCAGCAUCAGAGUCCCCGCCUCAUUUUGUGGCUGCGUCGGGCUGAAGCCGACCCAUGGGCUAGUACCAUUCACGGGUAUCACGAGCGGUGACGCCAUCGACGAUCAUGCCGGCCCCUUGUGUCGAUCAGUCACCGAAGUCGCACAGUGUCUGGAUGCCAUCUCGGGCUACGACGGCAUCGACGACAAGUCUUUGGGGGCUGCUUCCCACGGUUCCUACGACUUUUCUGCCACUCUUCAGUCAUCUUCCGGUCGUUUGGACGGGGUGAAGAUCGGCCUCUUGAAGGAGGGCUUCGACCAGGACAUUGUCGACCCCAGAGUCAGGGACCAUGUCCUUGCCGCUGCUCGGAAACUGGAGUCACUGGGGGCGACGGUCGAGGAGGUUUCUGUUCCUCUCCACUUGGAGGGACCUUCAAUAUGGACCAUUCAGCAGCGUAUUGCCGGCUCCUCGGGUAUCCUGGGAAGGGCCUCCGGGCGAAGAGGCCUGGGCUUGACCGAGUUCGAAAAAGCACGACUCCCCUGGGCCGACGCGAGUUUCCAGAAGCUCUUCCCUUCGACCAAGAACACUGUCAUCAACGGCCUUUAUCUUUCCGACAAGUUCCCCGGGCUGUACAGCAAGACGGUGAACAUUGCGCGGCAGAUCAGCGAUGCCUAUCAAAGGGCAUUUGAGACCUACGACGCCAUCAUCACGCCAACGACACCGUUUAUCGCGCCUCGGCACGGGUCCCGCGAGUCCGUCCUGGGCUCAUUCGAGCCUACGAUUGGCUUGACAACAAACACUGCCGUCUUCAACGUCACAGGGCAUCCCGCCAUGUCGAUACCUGUCGGAUUUCUCCCUGCUCUGGAUGACGCACAAGUCCUGCUGCCGGUGGGCAUGCAGAUUGUUGGCGGGCUGUGGCAAGAAAAGAAGGUGCUCAACAUCGGGCACGCCUGGGAAACCAACUUCGACUGGAAGAAAAUCAAGAGCAACGGGGGCGUGAUUCAACCCGCCCCGGACUCGUUGGCGACAGGAACGCAAACAAAAGUGCAUGGAAGAACAAUGCCUGAGGUAAACGGCACAACAUCACCAAACCUCAAGCGAGUGAAGCUUUCGGUCUGA